CGGAAGUACUGUGAGAGUUCCUUUUGUGACAACCAUGGUAACACCAGCGCAGACGGACGCUGUUGGUCAUGUUCUGUGCGAUAAUGCUCAAUCUCUGGCUGCCCGUUUUCGGGCACUGUUUACCCUUAGGAACAUAGGGGGUGCAGCGGCCGUCGAUUGGAUAAGUCGUGCCUUUACUGAUGACUCGGCACUGUUGAAGCACGAGUUGGCUUACUGUUUAGGUCAGAUGCAGGAUGAGAGGGCAAUCCCUGUUCUGACCCAAGUGUUGAAAGACUCUAGCCAGGAGCCCAUGGUGCGGCAUGAAGCUGGGGAAGCUUUAGGGGCCAUUGGAUGUCCGAAGGUACUGGAUGUAUUGAAACAGUAUUCCCAAGACCCUGUUGUAGAAGUAGCAGAGACAUGCCAGCUGGCAGUUAAGCGUAUUGAAUGGCUGCAGAGCAGUGAGGCAGAGAGAAGCAAGAACCCCUACUUUUCUGUAGAUCCAGCACCUCCACAUCAGGAGCGUGAUGUUGAGAAGCUCCAGGAAAUCCUAUUGGAUGAAUCUGUGCCCUUGUUUGACCGGUAUCGGGCCAUGUUUGCACUUCGAAAUCUUGGAAGUGAGAAAGCAGUGCUUGCAUUAGCUGAUGGCCUUCGUUGCAGUAGCAGUCUCUUCCGUCAUGAGAUUGGCUAUGUCUUGGGACAGAUGCAGCAUGAGGCAUGUGUGCCUCAACUCUCAGAGGCUCUACGAAAGUUGGAUGAGAAUCCCAUGGUACGUCAUGAGUGUGCCGAGGCUCUGGGCUCUAUUGCCAAAGCGUCUUGUUUAGAGACCCUAAAGGAAUUUCUUGAUGACAAAGAGAGAGUGGUUAAGGAGAGCUGCAUUGUGGCACUUGACAUGUAUGAAUAUGAAAACAGCAAUGACUUUCAGUAUGCAGAUGGACUUGUCAAACUGCAGCAAGUUCAUUAACUAAGGAUGUGGUGUCCUGCAGAUUUGACUGCUUAAUUUUUGUUUAAGCCUUUUAGAUGCUGAAUAUUUAAUAAAACCAGUGAGACGUCUUGGUCUAUUUUAAA